AUGGAGGACUACGAGCAGGAGCUCUACGGAGUCGAAGAUGAUGAGUUUGAAGACCAGUUUUCAGCGGAGCUGGAAGUCCUGGCGGAGCUGGAAGGAGAUUCCUCUCUUCCAGCAUCCAGAGCCUUACAACCCCAGAAGAAGAAGCCAACAUUUGAAGAAGCCAUCACUUCCGGGGAUGUUGUUCCCUUCUCCACCAGCAUCUACCAGCACCCACAGAAUGGCGUCUCCCCCCACGAAAGCUCCGUGGAAGCUGGGGGCCAAAGCUCAAAGAAGCGGGGCUUCAUUGUUGACCUCAAGAGAGAAGAGAAGGACAAAGACUCCGAGUUUUUAAUUUCAGAGGACCUUCCACUCACUCCUAAGCUCAAGAAGCAGAAGCUGGAGGCAGUCAAGAAGUUAACUUACGGACUAGAGGAAGAACCCAUCUCUCCUAACUCCCCUCCCAGGGAUAUCACCCCACCACUCUCUCCUGAGGACUUUCGAGAGUCCUGGAACAACAGAGACUUAGACAAGCUAAUGGAGCAAGAGUCCCUGGACAUCAGUGAUGUGGGUUUCCUGGAGAGGACACCGCCUACUACCAAGGACAAGAAGCUAGUUCUGAAGCGACCCCCAGUCCUGGAGGAAUAUGUCAAUGUGACAUCCACAGAUGGCACCAGGGUCUUCAUGGUGUUAAAAGAUGACCCGUUGGGAGUAGGAGUGGAGCUUUCCCGCUGUGAUGGUGCCUGGCGUGGACAUGGGCAGCUUCAUUUGCUGGGCAUGCCUUUUUCUUAUCUGAAGGAACAAGUCAACGAUGAGCGGAGGCAGCGAGUUCUGGAAGCAGCCCAGAGACUGACUGAGAUAUUAAACAGGCAUCAGGAACCUGGAGGAGAGACCCCAAAGACGGAGGACAGUGUCGAUACGGCCCGAGAAGUGGAGGAAGAAGAGGGCAAGGAAAAUCAAGACCCUUCCCAGCAUGCUCUCUGGGUAGACGUAUUCACCCCCAGGCACUACAGGGAGUUGCUCAGUGAUGACUACACCAACCGCUGUCUUCUGAAGUGGCUCAAGCUGUGGGAUGUGGUGGUAUUUGGGCGAGAAAAGCUUGCCAAGAAACCGAAUGCUGAGCAGCCCCCCACCCGGAUGCCCUCCAAGUAUGGCCGAGAGCCCCAGAAGUGGAAGAGCAAGGAGCAGAUGAUAGAGGAGAUCCUGGAGGCUGAACUGGAUCAGAACAACAGGCCCAAAUACAAGGUAGCCCUUCUGUGUGGACCUCCUGGACUGGGGAAAACCACUCUGGCACACGUGAUUGCCAGGCAUGCCGGGUACAGUGUGGUGGAGAUGAAUGCCAGUGAUGACCGCAGUCCCGAGGUCUUCAAGACUCGAAUUGAAGCAGCCACACAGAUGGAGUCGGUGCUGGGAGCCAAGGGGAAACCCAACUGUUUGGUCAUUGAUGAAAUUGAUGGUGCACCAACGCCUUCCAUCAAUGUGCUUCUUAGCAUAAUUAAUCGUAAGGAUGUAGGAGAGAUAGAGACAACAGGAGGAGCAGCUGGGGGUGGCAAGAAACGAAAGAAGGAAGGGGGUCUCUUGAUGCGCCCUAUUAUCUGUAUCUGCAAUGACCAGUACACACCUUCUCUGAGACAGCUGAAGCAGCAGGCAUUCCUCCUACAGUUCCCACAGACACUGCCUUCCCGCCUGGUGCAGAGACUGAAUGAGAUCUCCUUGCGACAGGGAAUGAAGGCGGAUACUGGUACCCUUAUGAUGCUGUGUGAGAAGACAGAGAAUGAUAUUCGUUCCUGCAUAAACACCCUGCAGUUCCUAUAUGGUCAGGGCCAGAAGGAGCUGAGUUCAAGGAUGGUACAGACCAUGAGCAUUGGCUUGAAGGACCAGAAGAAGGGGCUGUUUUCCAUAUGGCAAGAAAUAUUCCAGUUGCCCAAGAUUCAGAGACAGCGCAUCGGUCAGGACCUCUUUCUGCCGGACCAGGCACUCCUCGAUGGUGACAGUGGCCCUCGGGGCAGGGGUCCUCUCCACACGUCAUCCCAGAGGUUCCACCACAUCCUGCACAUCACCACCUCCACCGGGGACCACGAGAAGGUGGCCCAGGGCCUCUAUGACAACUUCCUGAACAUGAAGCUCAAAGAUUCUACCUUAAACUCUGUGUGUACUGCCAUGGAUUGGUUGAUAUUUGAAGACAUCUUGGACCAGGCUGUCCGACAUGGCCAGAAUUUCCAGCUCAUGAGAUACUUUCCUUUCCUCCCUGUGGCCUUCCACCUCCUCUUUGCAGCCAACAGCGUCCCUAGGAUAUCCUACCCCAAUAGCCAACACGAGGCACUGAAUAAAAUGAACCAGACACAGAACUUGAUUAUGUCUCUGGUAUCAGGAGUCACACCAACUGCCCGAAGCCGUGCAGCUCCACAGUCCCUCAUCCUGGAAGCCCUCUGUCUACUCCUGGACAUCAUCUCCCCUAAACUUCGCCCUGUGAGCACCCAGCUGUACAGCAAUAAAGAGAAACAGCAGUUGACCAACCUCAUAAACAUCAUGCUGGCUUAUAAUCUCACCUACCAUCAGGAGCGAACCCCCGAUGGGAUGUACACAUAUAAGCUAGAUCCGAACAUAGAAGAUGUGUGCCGGUUCCCUGAUCUUCCUGCCCGUAAGCAGAUGACUUACCAGGCCAAGCAACUCAUUGCUCGGGAAAUUGAGCUAGAGAAGAUGAGAAGAAUGGAAAAUGCUGUUCAGGCUCGAUACACUAGCCAGGCCGAUGAAGAAAGCCCUUUGGCCACAGAGAACCCCCAGGUGAGCAGUGGGGAGAAGGGGGCCCCUGGCCCUCCCAUCCGGAACCAUCAGCAGCGUUUGGAGCAAAUCAUGAAAAGAAAAACUGUCUUUGACGAGAAGCCGGAAAGAGAUUUCUUCGGACGUGAGGUAGUGAGGAAAAUUGUCACUCCAAGUCAAGAAAACUCAGGACCUGAGAGAGACUCCAUGGAGAGGCGCAUGGGGAAAGCAGUAGGGAAGAGCGAUGUAUGGUUUCGGUUUAAUGAGGGUGUUUCCAAUGCUGUCCGGCGAAACCUUUAUAUUAGAGACUUGAUUUGAACCCUUGAACCCUGGGGCCAGAGCUGCUCUCUCUGCUUGGAGGGUGCCUCCUUGUGGGGUGGGGGGAGAAGAAAGGUGUACCACAUAGUGUCGGUGUGUGGCCAGGGCUGGGGGGUGCGGAGUGCUAUGAGAGA